AUGGCCGAGGAAACCGAGAAUCUGAUCUUAGCGCAAGAGUACAAAAUUGGUGCUCUCAAACGUGUGCUCAUCAACUACAAAAAACUCCCGAAGGCGAGUGUGACGGCGCCAACGAUCCAGAGCCGCAUCUCCCAGCUGAAGGAGCUCUGGGCCGCCUGUAGCAGCCAACACGUCCUGCUGUUGCAGACCGCUACGUCCGGGGAGCUAAAGAGCCUGCCCUACUUCGUGGACAACGUAAUCCUGGAAGCCGAGGACGUCUAUGCCAACACCAGCGACAUUCUACAAAACGCACUAAGUAGACUGUUACCCGCUAACACUAACUCUUCAUUAUCCGAUAGUCACGACGAGUCUGUUUCGCGCGAGUCGGGUUCUCAGAUCUCGCGAUUGCCACGUAUAUCGUUGCCAAAUUUACCGUCUCUCGUGGCCUGUAACGUUUCGCUUUCUAAAGUUCAGAAAUUUUAUUACUUAAAAACAAGCGUUGCCGGUGAAGCCGCGGUGCUGAUCAAUAACUUGAAAAUUUCGGAGACUAAUUACGACUCCGCGUGGCAAUUGCUGAUCGACGAAUACGACGACAAGCAAACCUUAGUUCAUAUGCAUUUGCACGCGUUUGCUAGUCUACUAGUGAUGAAAACGGAGAAUGUGAACGACUUGCGAAAACUCCGCGAUACGGUCUCUUCGUCGUUAACCGCGCUAAAGAAUCUCGAUCGUCCGGUAAAUGAGUGGGACGAUCUGCUCGUUUAUCUUAUUGCUCAAAAGUUUAGUCCUCGCACUCGCAGCGAAUGGAAUUUGAAACGUACGGAAUUCGCCAAGCUUCCGUCUUACAAAGAUAUUAAUGACUUUCUGACUCUACGCAUUCGCGGAUUAUCCGAUCUUUCCGAUUCGCCGAAGGAUACUCGUCGUUACAAAGACGAUAAGCCGCGCUCGUCGGUUAAUAACGUCACUGCAAACAAAUGCGUUGGUUGCUCCGGAAAUCAUUCGGUUUCGAAAUGUAAAGAGUUUCUUGAUAAAACGGUUGAGCAGCGCGGCGAUUUCGCGCGUCAAAGCAGGCUUUACCUCAAUUGUCUGAGAUUCGGGCAUUUCCUUCAGCAAUGCCCGAGCAAAUCUCGAUGUUCGCACUGUAGUCGUUCACAUCACUCGUUACUACAUUUCUCAAAUAAUGUAAAAGCCGAUGCUACGGCAAAUUCUUCGAAGAUAAAAGCGGAGGCGCAAUCGUUCACUCCGACGGCGUCCAACGCGCCAGUCGCUGCGAGCAGCAAUCAUGUCGCGAACAAACGGAUCGAUCCCCCCGCGAACACAGUACCUUCGAAUGUCCUCUUGGCAACAGCAUGGGUUGACGUUCACACAACCGAAGGCCGAAGCUUUAAAGUUCGCGCCUUACUGGAUCAAGGAUCCACUUUCAGUUUUAUUUCGCAAUCGCUCUGUCAGACGUUGCGUACAAAGCGACAACGCUCAAAUUUGCAAGUUACGUGUUUCGGCGAGAAAUUUACAGGCGUCGCGAGAUCUCGCGUCGUGCUGACAUUAAAGCCGUGUUCCAGUGCGGAACCGGCCUUUCCGCUGCACGCCUACGUGUUUCAAAAUAUUACUUCGUACGCCGCGUCACGGACUCAGCCCGUCGAGUCGUGGCCUCACUUGCAAGGCAUCUCAUUUGCCGAUCCCGAUCCUUCAAGUCAACAUCGGAUUCACCUACUAAUCGGAGCCGAUUUGUACGGUUUCUUGUUGAAAAAUGGCCUCCGGCAAGGCCCUAUUGGAACGCCUACCGCUCAAUUGACAGCGUUAGGCUGGAUUCUCUCCGGCCCCACGGGUCGCGGCCAGAUUGAAUCCGAGAAUAUUUGCGUCUCUCAUAACGUGUCUACGCACGACACGAACUCGCUUCUCAGGCAAUUUUGGGAGGACGAGAAGGUCUCGCACCCCCCUCCACUUACCGACGAGGAGGAGCGUUGCGAAUAA